UUGCUAGGAGAUGCGACCGGUUGUGAACGCGCAUCAGGUUAAGAGACUUCGCAACGGUAACAAAGAAUUUUUGUUAUGAAACCUUCAAGUUCAAGCAGAACAUUUCUGUUACGAACAACAUGUGACAAAGUUUUGGAUUAACCCAGCAAUAUCUCGCUUGCAUUGUUAACACUCAUAAGUUGAUCUAGUUCCGCUCGCAUCUUUUGCGCGGUUACGUUGGAAUUACGCAACGGAUAUUUGUUAAAUUUCUUUGUAAUGCAAGGAAACUACACUCGCAAGCUUUGCCUCCACAAAAAGUCAGUUAAUAUGCAUUAUAUUCUGCAAUUUUUUUCAAGUGCUUAAAGAAAUUUUGGUGCGGAAAGAGAAUGUGUGAUCUUUAAUUAAUAACUGCGAAGCGUAAUAGCUUCAGGUGUAAUAAUUUGUGUCUAGUAAUGUGAAUUUUAGUGUGUGCUUUUUAUAUCGCUAUUCAUCAAAAAUGCUAUGAUUAAAUUUGAGAGAAUUUUGCAGUACUGAAUUUAUUGCAAAAGAAAGCAUAUGCAACUAAAGUUUCUAUCACAUUUUUUCGAAGCGUUUGAGGGUGACAUCAAAUGAAAUUUUCUGUUUCAGCAUCAAGUGAAAUUAUUGUAUUUAGUCUUCAACUUCUGAAGUGAAUUGUAUGUAAGUCUUGUCUGAUUUUUUUUUAUCUAUCAAAACUUUUUUUUCUUCGUUCCAUCUUCAGAUGUUGUCAAGGUUUGUAAUUUUCAACCCAAGAUAUUUUGGUUAUCUUAAAUAAUAUAAAAAGUAUUCACACAUCAAUGCUCAAAACCUCUUGUAUAAUUCAACCAUGGGUCGUGUUUGGUCUCAUUUACGUCAUGACGAAACUGAUAGAGAACUGACAAUUCAUGUGACAACCGGUGACCGUAAACGUGCCGGUACUGAUGCCAACAUCUGGAUGAUCAUUCAUGAUGAGAAAGGACAUUCCACAAAUACUAUAAAACUCAACCGUACACUGAAAAAUGAUCACGAAAGAGGAGCAACGUGUACCUUUUUUGCAUGCUCUGGACAAGGGUUUGGACUUCCUUCCAAGGUUGAAUUCUGGCGGGAUUCCUUUGGUUUGGGCCACAGCUGGUUCUUAGAGCGAAUAAUUGUGGAAGAUAAAGUACACAGCACUGAACACGUAUUUCCUGUCCAUCGAUGGAUUCAGCCAGAGCGUCAUUAUAUAAUUCGGGAAUACGAUUGUUGUUUGCCGCAAGAAGAUGAACACCAAGAACAAAGGCGAACAGAACUCAAAUAUUACAGACGUAUAUACCAGUAUGAAAUGCAUAUAGAAGGAGGUCCAGUACAGAUUAAACAACUACCUGAAGAUGAACAGUUCUCGGAGGAUUACAAAUGGGACAUCGUGAAAUGUAAAGGUCGUUUCACACUGGACACUAAACUUAUCAGAUGGACGACAGACAAAUGGGAGUCUUUGUGCGACCUCAAGAGAAUAUAUAAAUUUAGCCUUGGGGAACCCGCGUGCUUAGAAUAUUGGAAUGAAGAUCGGUGGUUUGGUCUUCAGAGGGUGCAAGGGGUUAAUCCAGUUUUAAUAAAACUUUGCACAGAAAUACCUGAAAAUUUUGGAGUCACAUCCGAAAUGGUAGAACCGUUUUUAGAAGAUUUUAAGCUAGAGGAUGCUAUAGCAGCAAAGAAAAUCUUCAUAGUCGACUUAGGAAUCCUUAAAGGCAUAAAUUGUAAAGACGGUCGAUUACUAUGCGCACCUUUUGCUCUGUUCUACCUCAACAGGCAUAAAGAGCUGAUGCCAAUUGCAAUUCAACUCUUACAAGAAAAAAGUCCAAACAAUCCGGUGUUUUUGCCUAAUGAUCCUCCACAUACGUGGCUUAUGGCAAAAAUAUUCUACAGCAACGCAGAUGCUAGCUAUCAUCAGUCAUGCACACAUUUAGGUUUCACUCAUUUAUUAAUGGAAGGCGUUGUGAUAUGUACGCACAGGAAUUUGUCCCCAUCACAUCCCCUGUAUAAACUCUUAGCACCACAUUUCCUUUUCCUCUUGGCUAUCAAUUCGCGGGGUCUGGACAAACUUAUUUCACCAGGUGGUUGGGUGGAUAAAACUAUGACCCUUGGCCGAAAAGGAAUGUUUGAACUCAUCAAAAAAGGAAUAUCUGAGUGGAAGCUGAAUGUCCAUGGUAUAGUGCCAAAUGAAAUAAAAUCUCGUGGGGUACAAAGUGAUGUGUUACCUCACUAUCCUUACAGAGAUGAUGCCAUGUUGAUAUACCUAACCAUACGAAAAUACGUCUCUAAGAUCGUUCAUCGGUUUUACGAUACUGACGACAAAAUAAUCAACGACUACGAGCUUCAGCAGUGGAGAGCAGAACUAGUCAAAGACAGGAAGCUUGGUGGUUGCGGCUUAAUGGGUGUCCCUGGAGACGAAAACAAUAGGUUCACCGAUACUGAAGAAGUGGUUGAUACAUUAGCGUCUAUUAUCAGUACGUGUAGCUUAGGGCAUGCAGCAGCAAAUUUUCAGCAGUAUGAUGAUUAUGCCUUUACACCAAAUUAUCCAGGCAUACUUUGUGCAGAUCCUCCACGAGACAAAACACCUCUGACAGAGAAUGACAUACUGAAUGCAAUUCCAAAUAAACAAACUACGUUAGAUAUCAUGGUUAUAACAAAACUUCUCAGUACAAGAGCCACGAAAUCACUAGGUGAUUUUGAAUCCCAGUACAUGUUUCAUCCCACAUGUGUUCAAGCAGCGAAAGAGUUUAGAGAAGAACUGGCUGAAAUCAGCAGACAAAUAAAGUUAAGAAACAGAGCACAAGCUUUCCCAUAUGACUGGCUAGAUCCUGAGUAUAUUCCAAAUGCAAUAAGUAUAUAAAAAAAUUCUUGAUUUGGUUUUGUAAGAAAAACAACUUUCCGAGAAUGUACAUCAAGUUAAAGGCAAUAAUGCAACUAACUGCAAUAGGAUAUCUCAAAGUGAAACUGAAUAAUUCACUUAUUCCCGCAAUAUCAAUCAGCCAGAUUAGUUUUCAUAACAAAGUUUUAAAUUAGCAGAUAUUUUUAAAAACUUUCAUAAAGAAAAUGAGAACAAGCUCAGUUUAUAGAAAUUGUACAAUAUUACAGUAAAAUAAAAACCACAAAGAAAUUAAAAGUUAAGUACUUUUAUACUCUUUUUAUUAAUAAAAACCACUAAAUACUAUGAAAAAAGCUUUUCACUGUGAUCAUCUUGUAUUAAUAAAAUCAUGUACGUAAUAUGAAAAUAACGGUUCAUCUUGAUUGUAAAUAUUUUUUUCUAUGUAAAAAUGAAAUAAAUUUUUUUUUCUUUGA